CGCGAGUGCAUCUCCGUCCACGUCGGCCAGGCCGGCGUCCAGAUGGGCAACACCUGCUGGGAGCUGUACUGCCUGGAGCACGGCAUCCAGCCCGAUGGGCAGAUGCCCAGCGACAAAACCAUCGGCGGAGGGGACGACUCCUUCACCACCUUCUUCUGCGAGACCGGGGCUGGGAAGCACGUCCCGCGGGCCAUCUUCGUGGACCUGGAGCCCACCGUAAUUGAUGAAGUUCGGGCUGGAAUCUACCGCCAGCUCUUCCACCCCGAGCAGCUGAUCACUGGCAAGGAGGAUGCUGCCAACAACUACGCCCGCGGGCACUACACCAUUGGCAAAGAGAUCAUCGACCAAGUGCUGGACAGGAUCCGGAAGCUGGCUGACCAGUGCACAGGCCUCCAGGGCUUCCUCGUGUUUCACAGCUUUGGAGGUGGCACCGGCUCUGGAUUCACCUCCCUGUUGAUGGAGCGACUCUCCGUUGACUACGGCAAGAAGUCCAAGCUGGAGUUCUCCAUCUACCCCGCACCACAGGUCUCCACUGCUGUGGUGGAGCCCUACAACUCCAUCCUCACCACCCACACCACCCUGGAGCACUCGGACUGCGCCUUUAUGGUGGACAAUGAGGCCAUCUACGACAUCUGCCGCAGGAACCUGGACAUCGAGCGCCCGACCUACACCAACUUGAACAGACUCAUCAGCCAGAUCGUCUCGUCCAUCACGGCAUCGCUGCGGUUCGACGGGGCCCUGAAUGUCGACCUGACCGAGUUCCAGACCAAUCUGGUGCCCUACCCUCGCAUCCACUUCCCCCUGGCCACCUACGCCCCUGUCAUCUCUGCAGAGAAGGCCUAUCACGAGCAGCUAUCAGUGGCUGAGAUCACCAACUCCUGCUUUGAGCCAGCCAACCAGAUGGUGAAGUGCGACCCUCGCCACGGCAAGUACAUGGCCUGCUGCCUGCUGUACCGCGGGGACGUGGUGCCCAAGGACGUCAACGCCGCCAUCGCCACCAUCAAGACCAAGCGCAGCAUCCAGUUUGUGGACUGGUGCCCCACGGGCUUCAAGGUGGGCAUCAACUACCAGCCGCCCACGGUAGUGCCGGGGGGGGACCUGGCCAAGGUGCAGCGCGCCGUCUGCAUGCUGAGCAACACCACGGCCAUCGCCGAGGCCUGGGCUCGCCUGGACCACAAGUUCGACCUGAUGUACGCCAAGCGAGCCUUCGUGCACUGGUACGUGGGCGAGGGCAUGGAGGAAGGGGAGUUCUCCGAGGCGCGGGAAGACAUGGCUGCUCUGGAGAAGGAUUACGAGGAGGUCGGCCUGGACUCCUACGAGGACGAAGAGGAGGGCGAGGAGUAGAGAAGCCCCUGGCAAAAAGGACCGUGCUCCUUCCCCGUGUUACCUGCAGAAACCCUUUGCAAUAAACCGUUUCAGAGCC